AUGACUACAGGGAAAGUACCAUUGGAGACAAUUAAUCUAGAUGAAACCACAACAGUAAAAUUUGAAAUUUGGGAUACGGCAGGUCAGGAACGUUAUAAGAGUUUGGCACCAAUGUAUUACAGAAAUGCAAAUUGUGCAGUAGUUGUAUAUGAUAUAACUCAAGCUUCAUCUCUGGAUAAAGCUAAAUCGUGGGUAAAAGAAUUGCAAAGACAAGCUGAUCCGAAUAUCGUAAUUGCACUUGCUGGAAAUAAAAGCGAUCUGAGUGCUCGUCGGGCAAUCGAUUCUGAGGAGGCUCAGACCUAUGCUUCAGAAGCUGGUCUUUUAUUUUUUGAGACAUCCGCAAAGACAGCCUUUAAUGUCAAUGAAUUAUUUACAUCAAUAGCGAGGCAAAUGCCACUUGAGCAAUUAGCUGCUAAUUCACGUGGACGAUCAAGCGGCUCGAAGCAAAAAGGAGUUGAUUUGACAAACCCAACACCAGCUAGUAAUUGCUCAUGUUAA